AUGUAUCCUUUGAUGGAUCCCAUUGACAUCAUCGAAUCCUUUGCCGACUGGAGCAUCUCCAUCACCCAACAACAACUCUCAAGACCCUCCGCCGACUUCGUCACCUACAUUUACGCCGCGUGCGUCCGUCAAGUCACUGGAAUACUGCAGGAGAAUCUGGAAGAGGCGGUCACGAAUGUACUGAGAGAAAGCGACGAUCCCAAUCCAGACCUGUACGGGAGUGCUUUGAGCGCAAAUCUCAUGACAUUCCACAUAAUGCGGCUGGCGGACGCUGCCAAGUUUCCGGACUUUACAGCAAAGGACCUCACCGCUCCCGAUCCCUCUCGGACCCGCAACAUCCUCUCAGCCUUUAUCAACUUCAUAAAGUUUACAGAACAACGCCAACCGUUCAUUAACUCCCUACGAAACGAAUCCGCACGUCUGGCAGAAGAACGGGCCACUGUGCAGAGACAGCUGGAUAUUACAAGGCGGGAACUGGCCGCAGCGAGGGCCAAAUUGGCGGAGGACGCGCCUAUGUGCGAGGCUCUGGAGAAGGAAAACGAUGAAAUGAGCGCCCAGAUGAUCUCGAAAAAGCAGAUACAGGUGGCACUUAUGAGCGACUGCAACUCGCUAAAGGAGGAGAAGAAGGCAAUCAUAAGAAGGAAGGCAAUCAUUCAUAAAGAAAGCAAACUUGCGGCCGACGCCGUCAACCGCACGCGUCAGCGGAUAGUGCAAUCACCUGAGCGAAUUAAGCGAACCAUUACGACCAUGGGUGCGACUGCGUCCGAAGACAAGAGAACUCUCGCAGCACAACAGGCGAAGGAGAAUGAUCUGCGAUCAAAGAAUAAUGCGUUCCUCUCCAUUGAGAAGGACGUCGCAUCAUGUCUCGAUCAGUUGAGGACCAUGGAGAAAGAUAUCCAAGCGCUUGAGAUCGCGAGGAAGAAUCUUACGACGACUAAAGACCUCGUUGACCAGAAGAAGAUUGAGCGAACAGAAUUGGAACUUAGGAUUGAGCGCGUUCACAAGCAAUUGUCGAAUGCGCAGGAGAAGCUCGAGCGAGCUCAGAGGCACGCCGAGGAUAAACGGACAGCGAGCCAGCAAACUAUCGAGCGGCUACAACGUGAAUACGAGGAAAUGGUGUUGGAGCGUAGGGAUAAUGAUAAGCAAGUCGAGGCUGUACGAGGAGAAGCGGAUGAUAUUGAGCGCAAGAUGGCCGCACAUCUGAAAGAAAGUGAAACGGAGAUCAACGGUCUGCUUGCUCAAUACUGGAAGCUACGGCACGAGACAGAGGUCUACAUGGAAACGCUCGCAAACAAGCUUGGGAUCCAGGUCAGCGCUAUUUGA